AUGGGCAAGCUGACACCCGCUCAGCCGGCGGCAGGUUCAUCCUCGCAGUCCGUCCAUUCUUUGCAACUUCUGGAUCAUGACGAUACCGACUUGCUUGUCGACGAUGACAACUACGAGGACCCUCCAUCCUACGAUGCGGCGAUCAACGAAAACGGGCCGAUCUCCGGAUCGUCAUCGAACAGCCGCACUCGCGCAGGUGUAUCGGUUCCCAGUGCAAGGUUGAUCGAUGCUGAUUACAGAUUGAUUGGCGGCAGGAGAGCUCAGAGCGUGAGGUCAAGUGUACGGAAUACACAUAUUGUCACUUUACAGCCAGAGUAUACUCUUUACGCCGAGGAGCUGGCUGCUUUGAUGGCACAGCAAGUCCGCCUACCGCCACGUCCACAGGUUAUCAUUCAUGGUAGUCACACCGAGACAUCGACCAACAAUAAAGACAACAAAAAACAAAGCAAUGCCGUCACAGACUUCAACUUCCGCCUUGACCUCGCAGAAACGCUGCUAACUGGAUGGGAAAGCCUACCGACGACGGCUACACGAGAUGUCCUCCCCCAGUCCACCUGGUUUAGAGCGAGUGUGUCUAUGGAUUACGAUGAGAGAAAAACGUACAGAGGAACGCGGAGGAAGACUCUUGUCUGGAAAGGGCCAAAAGGGGGACUAGUCGCACCAUCUUCGGCUACGCUGGAUCGGGAUGCUUCGUAUCGAGAUGAAGAAGAGGGCCUUCCUCCAGCUGACGCAGAACAGGAGAGGCUGAUCCAGGGAGAUAAAAGUGGUUUGCUGGAGUGGUGUCAGAGAUACUGCAAUGAUCCGUCGCCCGUCAAAUCGUUCACCCUGACUCGUCACGUUCACAAUUUCAAAGAGGGAUCUAUGGCAGAUUACUUGAAGUCUCAAAUCCGAGAGACAAACUACAGAGGCCAGAUCACUGCGGAGAUGGAGAUCGUCAACGGCAAAGUUACAAUCUACUCACCCCACUGGGUUAACAAAUUGCGCAAUAAUUGGAUGGUGUUUUGGGCUUGUAUUAUUCUGCAGCUAUGGAUUAUCACAUGGCCCAUAAUAUGGCUGUUGGAGAAGAAAUACGCUGUGGUCUACUCGUGCUGGUAUUCAUCGCACACUGUUGAUGAAGGCACGGGCGCUAUUGCGAGGAGGAUAUAUGCUCGUGGUCGUGAUGAGCACACUUUGGCUGAAUUUUGGGCCCCGGCUGUCAAACAAGCAGCAUGGGGGCGACGCAAAGACAACGAGAUUCUCCUACUUCAAGAUGCAGAACGCCUGCAAGGUCUUACAACAGAGCAAGUACUCCGCGCUCGCACAACCGAGUCGGACGCUGAGCUUGAACGAAGACGACGAGUUGAUCGUGGAGAUGGCACAUUUGUGGAUUCGGUAAUCGGGUUAGCUCGAGGGGUGAGUGAAGUCAGACAGGAUUGGAAUAUGACUAUGGGAUGGGGGGGUAAUACGUAG